GCUAUUAUUCAAAAUGUUCUAUUCACUCGGUUACAGUCCGCUGUAUUCAUAUCAUACGAUCAAUGUAUCAUAAAUAAUUGACUAGUGGGUCUGUGUUAUUAAUAAUUUAGUAUCAAGGUAUCUGUUAUUAUAAGCGAGGGGUUGAAAAAUGAAGAAAAAUAAAACUUCUAACGAGAAAAAUAAAACAAAAAAAACAGGAGCCCAAAUAAAUACUGAUGUCGUAAAAAAGAAGAAAUUGACUAGUAGACAAAGGAAAGCUAUUACAAAAAUUAUAGAAAAAAAAAAAAAAAAUCUAAAAAGAUCUGAAAUGUUAAAUGAAUUGAAGAAUUUUGAACUUUCAACACCUUCGUUAUCUUUGAUGACAUCUAUUAGUCAAACCCAGACAAGUGGAUUGAGAAAUUCAUUAAGAGAAAAAAAAAAACACCUAAUGAAGCCUGUUAUGGAUAAUGAUAAUUCAGAUGAAAUUAGAGUAGAUGAAGAAGAUGUAGGAAUAGAACUUGCUGAAAAUGAAAUUGCAUAAAAAUUAUUUUAUUUUAAAUUAUUUUACAAGACAAUUUAAAUUUAUAUUGACGGUGGCCAUAUAGAUUUUACUUCUUUAUGUGCUGUUUGUGGUAACCAAUUUAAGUAUUCUUCUAAUAAAUCUAAAAUAAAAAAAAAUUA